GUAGAUCGGAUUGUUGGCGGAUGAGGGCGCUUCACCGCCAUUUGAAAUACACAUACUGGCUCUACCUCAGCUACAUAGUGUGUGUGUAGCCCUGAAAGUGGGCUAGAUGAUGAACUGAGCGGCAGAUAAAACAAAAAUCUUCAAUAGGAAAGCGGCACCGACCCGAUUGGGUGAUGUGAAAAUCCUCAUCGGACAGAUCUUACUGGGCCGAGUUGGCUGAAGUGAAGAAGCAGGACUUUCCGUGGCUGUUGGUGCUCACGCUGGCCAUCAGAUGACCAAGUUGUGAAAAGUGCGCUGUCCUUGCAGUUUUUCAGCUCGAGACUUCAUUUUAACAUCAUGGCUGUCUCAUCCUCCUCCAAUCUCCUGGUCCUUCUCCUACUAAUUUCCUCCCUGGAUUGGCUGUCCACUCCAGGAUCUACAUUUCUCAUGGGGUGGGACCAUGUGACAUCAUCCGCUCCUCCUGAACCUCAUUUCACAAAGUGCAUAUCGAGGGACCUGGAGACAUUCCGAUGUUGGUGGAGUCCAGGCAACUUCCACAACCUGUCCACCCCUGGAGCACUCAGAGUCUUCUACAAUAAGAAAGACUCGCCCACCAGUGAAUGGAAAGAGUGUCCAGAGUACAUCCAUUCAAAUAGGGAGUGCUUCUUCGAUGCAGAACACACAUCCGUUUGGAUUACCUACUGCAUGCAGCUCCGCAGCCAAAACGUCACCUAUUUCAAUGAGGAUGACUGUUUCACUGUAGAGAAUAUCGUACGUCCUGACCCACCAGUGUCUCUAAACUGGACCCUGCUCAAUGUAAGUCCCUCCGGGGUAAGUUAUGAUGUCAUGGUCAACUGGGAGCCCCCACCCUCUGCAGACGUCAGUUUGGGCUGGAUGCGCAUUGAGUAUGAGAUACAGUACAGGAAGACAAAUACCACGAACUGGAAAGCAUUGAAGAUCCAGCCACACACCCAGCAGACAAUCUACGGUCUGCACAUAGGAACAGAGUACGAAGUGCACAUCCGCUGCAGGAUGCAGGCCUUCACUAAGUUUGGAGAGUUCAGCGACCCCAUCUUCAUUCUAGUGACUGAGAUUCCCAGCAAAGGUCAUGAGUCAACUUUCCAGCUCACGCUGGUUUUUGUUUUCGGGGUUGUGGGCAUCCUCAUAGUCAUCAUGAUAAUUGUCGUCUCUCAGCAGCACAGAUUAAUGAUGAUUCUGUUGCCACCAGUUCCUGCUCCCAAAAUUAAAGGCAUCGAUCCAGAGCUGUUAAAGAAGGGGAAGCUGGACGAGCUGAAUUUGGUCCUGAGUGGUGGAGGAAUGGGUGGCCUGUCCACUUAUGCACCAGAUUUCUACCAAGAUGAGCCAUGGGUGGAGUUCAUCGAGGUGGAUGCUGAAAACGCAGAUAAUGGAGAGAAGGAGGACAACCAGGGCUCAGACACCCAGAGGCUCCUGGGUCAGCCCCAACCCAUCAUCCACCACAUGAACACAGGGUGCUCCAAUGCCAUCAGUUUCCCUGAUGAUGACUCAGGCCGGGCCAGCUGUUAUGACCCAGAUCUGCCUGACCAAGACACCCUAAUGCUGAUGGCCACCCUGUUGCCAGGGCAACCUGAGAACGUAGAAGCCUCGUUUGAUAUUGUAGAAAGAGCCCCAGCCGCAGAGGGAGUCAAACAGCCCCUAGUCCAAACCCAAACUGGAGAGCCUCAGACUUGGGUCAACACAGACUUCUAUGCCCAAGUCAGCAAUGUGAUGCCCUCUGGAGGAGUGGUGCUGUCUCCUGGCCAGCAACUCCGAAUCCAGGAGAGCAGCGAAUCAGCCACGGAGGAGGUAACACAAAAGAAAGAGAAAGAGCACAUAAGCAGCGAGGACACUGAUCAAAAGAAGCAGAAGGAGCUGAAGUUUCAGCUGCUGGUAGUGGAUCCUGAAGGAAGCGGCUACACCACAGAGGGCAACGCUUGGCAGAUCAGCACUCACCUUAGCUCCUCGAUGCCUGGCGAGGGGUAUCAAACCAUACACCCUCAGCCAGUGGAGACCAGACCUGCAGCCACAGCAGAGAAUAAUCAGUCACCUUACAUUCUUCCUGACUCUCCCCAAUCUCAGUUCUUUACCCCUGUUGCAGACUACACAGUGGUACAGGAGGUGGAUAGUCAGCACAGUCUGCUCCUCAACCCGCCUCCCCGUCAGUCUCCCCCUCCCUGCCUAACACAGCACCCACUCAAGGCCCUACCUGCUAUGCCCGUAGGGUACAUCACCCCAGACCUGCUGGGGAACCUCUCGCCGUGAAAUGACAAUGCCAUUAGGUGUAAGGUUAAUUCACCAGGAAGUCCCCUGCAGUCACAUAAGCCUGUUUCUACCUGAUUCCUGCUGGAAACCAAAUAACUCGCAGCACACAGUUUGGAUGAGAGUGUACAGUUGUUUGUUUGUCAGAGGGUGCUGAAAGAAAGAUGUGAAACGCUGCAAGCUGUAUUAUUGAUUAUUUUACACCUGCUACAUCAAUUAAUUUGAUGCAGAGGCAGCCAAAAGUAAACAUACACAAUGCACAGUUUGCUUUCUCUGUUGACAUCCAUGCACAAGACACAUAUUAAAGGCUGAGACUGAUUGUAAUGAGUCACAAAGUAUUAGCUGACUGCUCGGAUCGCAUUACAUCUCUGGCUAAUUGUGUUUAGAGCAAUGACAUAGUUGAAGUCUUAAUCUUUCAGAGAGCUGUUGUGUGUAUGAUUGAUUGGGAGAAGACAAGCACAUUCUAGUCAUGUGUUUCACGCCACACCGAGAAGGAGUCCUUGCUGUCGUUGAUACCUCUUGCUGGCAGAGGUGUUUUGCUGCUCAAUUCUGGCUUAUUUUAUAUUCUUAAAUUUCUUAUCUCAUCCUGCCUUAUUAUUAGUACUUCACUAGAGAUCUAUAGUAUUAGUGUAUGUGUGUGUGUGUGUGUGUGUAUAUGUGUGUGUGUGUGUAUAUAUAUAUAUAUAUAUAUAGAGAGAGAGAGAGAGAGAGAGAGAGAGAGAGAUUUUUAUACAAAAGGCAUUAGCUAAAGGAAAUAAUAUAUACAUACACACCCUACACAGUUGAAAUCACUAUGCAGUUUAACCUUGCAUUCCUGGAUUCAUUCUUUUUUAAUGGUAUAAUAUUCCUAUAUUUGUGAAGAAGUGGCCAAAUGUAGAUUAUAUGAUGUCAAGGAAUUUUUUUUCUCUACAGCCACAAUAGAGUUUAAUAGAAAAAAUAUUUUCAACAACUGAAAAAAACAUUCAGUACAAAUGCAGCACAAUCACAGAAACAUGAGUAAUCGGGACUAAAAAUACCAUCAACAAUAAAAACGUCCCUACAUAUACAAAGUAAAUUUCCUUCCUUGGGGGAUAUUGAAAGACAUUCUGGGAAAUUAAGGACAACACUAACUAAAGUAGAAGAGGAGAUGAAUAAAAGGGAUCGUAAUCUAAUUCCUGGAAUGCAUUGAAUGGUACAGUGUGUUUAUAAUAGUUGUGAUGUUAAUUUUCAUUGUAUUCUGACAUGCGUACUGAGAACAUUACGCUUAGUGCGCUUAACAGCAGUUCUUGUAGUAAGAGGAAUGGUUUAUUCAGAUUAAUUCACAACCGAGAGCCGCUCAGUACAAACAGUGCUGUACUACACUGAGCACCACCAAGUGCCUUGCUGAAGGGCGCAUUGAUAUAGUUAUUAUAGCAAAAGGGAAGGGACAUAAACACCCAUCCAGCAGUUCAGAGAAACCAGAUAUUGCAUUUCAUCCUGUAACAGCAGCCAAGUCUCAACUCUACAACCAUCACUCGCCCAUAAAGUGAGCAAGCUUUGUAUUUGGGAGUUGUAUUCUUCUCAUGUUGCAUUGUUAUGGCAGGGACAGCAACUGGAACAAGUUGAAAGACUCUUGAAAGUAGCUGUAAUUAUUUAGCUAACGUUUAAUACUAGUACACCGUGUUGACAAACUGUGCCUAUGAUAGUGGUAUUGCCUUGCCAUUUCUGUGCUAAACGAUGCUUACGUAAUUAGGAUUUGUGCAUCUAUGCAUUGCUAUGUACUGGCAGGUACUGCUAUAUAUUGGUGAAUCAUUGUAGAGCAUCUCUGUGCAUAGAAAAUCCUGCACAUGUACUAACACAGCAACAUGCGUACAUACAUACGCACAAACACACUACAUCAAAAACAUUUGCCUUAAUUGAUGUUUAUUCUGCCUUCCUGACAGUCAUAAGAAUUAUGAGCUGAAAUUGUAGAAAAUAGUUGCAAGGUUGAACAUUUUCUGAGGCCACUGAACUGUAAUUUUCACAUUUAUGAUCCUACUCGUAAAGCUCACCACAGUUUCCAAACCAAAAAUGUUGAUAUGGACAAGUACUUGAAUUCCAAGUUCUGGUAGAGCAACAAAUAAAUAGAUGUGAGUAUUUUAUGACAUUAUAAGCAAGAAUAUGUUUCUUAAUAAAUUAUUUAGUCACAUUAACUUGUAGUGUAAGCUUGCCCUUUGUUUAUUGACAGUCUAAGCUUUGCUUGUGUGGGCGAGAGGGUAGCAGAGGAGACCUUUUGUAAAGGGUUUAGGCUCCUUGUGUGUUUUCACCCUAUGAAUUCUGUCAUAAAGACUAUGACAAUGUGGUUCUGAUCAACACAGCAACAUAGCAUACUGCAUAUAAUAAGCUAUCUCUGCGUAGGCCAAUAGCGGCUGUGCGAUGUGCGUGGUUUUUUGAUACAACACAAUGAAUUUCCAUUUCAACAAGUCUAUUAAUGAGUCAGGAGUAUUAUGAUUGUAUUAACAUCAAGGCGGCCUCCUUCACAGCGCAAAGAAGACACGUCGUGCCUUUGAAUUAUGUUGUUGGAAUCAUCCUUGAGAUAAGCAGGCUAAUGGAUAGAUGUGCACAUUGCUGGUUUUUUUUGUCAGAAGAGAGACAAAGCAAGAGCCAUACAAUGACAGUUUCUACAAAUGUGAAUAUGAUAAAUGUGCCAUUUCUCUCUUUCUGUCUCUCUUUAUUUUAAAGAGCCCAGUGUUCUGAUGUUGCUACCUGAUGACACCAGCAUGUCAAUGCUGUUGCAGAAAUGUCUUAAUAUAUUUACUAGUGCUGUAAGAUUACAAAUAUAUAUAUAUUUUUACGUCAUUUAUGUUACUAAUCACAAUAUAUUGCUGCUCGGUACAUGUAUUUUUUCUGCAUUUAGCCUUACUUUGGUGAUGUGGGGGGGGGGGUCAUUCAAGAGAGUGCGAUGAUCACUGUGUUGUGUCCAAGUGGUAAUGUUUUGUGAUGAAACCUGCAAAUUGGAUGAUACUGACAUCGGAAAACAGUCUGUUGCUUGGGAGAAAUGGGAAGGAAAGACUUUGAUGCCCCAAAGUCGAGCUGCAAUACAGUCAGCUAUUGAUGCUCAUCCAAUGUUCACAGAGUUUACACCCAUCCAAAGAUCCCCAGAAGGCUCUUUGUGUAUAUGAAGGAAGAUCAGAUAAUGGGAAAAAGCACGGUUAAAGUUCUGUUUCAGUUGUACCGUGGUCAUUGUGAAUGUGUGCAAACUGGAAUAUGCAAUGCAAUUAUAAUAUUUAGGAAAAGUUGUAAAAACAAACAAACAAAAAAAAGUUAAAUCACUGAAAGUAUUUUUUAAAGAUUACAGUGAGGAAGAUGAAUUGGGAGGUGCUUUUCUGUUCAAGCUUACUGUAUAGGUGUUUACUACAUUGUGUCUGCAAUUUUUUUUUUCCAGUUCACAAUGAGCUCUUUCUUAAUGUAGUGUUUAAACGUUUGCAACUGUUAUGUCAAGCUUAGAAAUGUUACAGACACUUUAGAGCAAGCACUUUGUACACAUAUAUAUCUGAUGGUUAAAAUAGUAUUCAGAUUUUGUAUUUUGGGCUAAAUCAAGUCUAUAAAUUACUUGUUAUUAUGAAACAGCAUUAUGUUUUUUUAUUCAGCACAAUAAUCAGACAAUGACAAACCUUCAUUAUCAAUAAGCUUCAGCUUUGUCCUACAGAGUUUAUGUUUAUAGGACAAAUUUUACACUACCAGAUUGAUAGAAUGAUGUACUGUAAUGUAGUAUUUAAUGUUUGCUAUAAGAUUUAUGGAUAGAUAGAGCAGAUAGACAUAGUAUUUUAUGAAAGCCAUACCAAAAUAUAGGCAGAGUGAAAUAGUUAUAUUGUAACUCUACACACUCUUACAUUUCUCCCACUAUGUGAUUUCAGAAUUUCAUGAUUGAAAAGUGCAAGGGGCUCCAGUGUUUGAUAAUGAUGUGUUUUGGCCUCCAGCUUCUUUGUUUUGCAUCAGUCCAAGGGGGGCUUUUGUCGCACUGUUAAACCUGGAAGUAAUCGUAAGAGCUGGAAUUUGGACUAGUUGUAACUCUUUAUCAAACAAAGAGUGUUCACAGCACACAAGACAUUUUUCAGCUUGUUGGGGAAAUAGUUUAAUUCUUGACUUGACUAUAGCGUAUACACCAUGUUUUUCUAUGACUGAGUUCAGUGGCUCCACUCUAUAUUUCUAUUCACGUGUUAUUUAUUUGUCUGCUUGGAGCCCUCUGAUCACCCAACCUCCUUAUUUGACAACAGUGGAUGGUGCAGCAUGAGUAAUGUGUUCUCUCACAUGUGUCACCCAAGCUCAUAAAACUAGAAAUAUUCAGUCAGAAUUGGAAACAGCUGCAUUGCGGUUGCAAGUGUGAAAAACGCAACCCCGCAAUUGAUCAGUUUGCAUUUCCAUUUGCAUUAAUUGGUUUGACUUUGCACAAUAUUGUCCAGCCUCAAUCAUAUUUUCAAAUGCUCUUGACCUUGGAGCCACUGUCCUUGUCAGUUGCCUGCUGUUAUACUCAAGGCCAAGAACUGUGUGUCGAUCUCUGAUGAUUUGAGUGUUUAUCUUACCAGAUGAGCCUUUCUUGUGUUGGAUUUGUGAUCAAUAAGCUUUCAACGAAUUACACAAUAAAUGUAUAUACAGCAUCUCAA